AUGAUCAUGAGUCUUCUCCAGCCCGCUGUGAACCCCGCGCAGUCCCGCUCGUAUGAGGAACUCAGCCGUCCUUUCUUUGCAGUACACAGCUAUCCGGGGUUGGGCCUGGCUCUGCAAGCCCUAGGCGCGCUCUCGCUCGCCUCCUGUCUCUCCUCCGUCCUCUCCUUUGUCUUCCGGACCUUCUUGCGCGGAGGCAUCGGCCUCAAGAAGUUCGGAGCAGGCACUGGAGCCUGGGCCGUCAUAACAGGGGCCUCGGACGGCAUCGGACGCGAGUUUGCGCUGCAGCUCGCUGACAAGGGCUUCAACGUCCUCAUCGCAGCCCGCAACGCGGACAAGCUCGCGGCAGUCGCGCGCGAAAUCGAGCAGAAGACUAAUAACAAAGCCCAGGUGGAAUGCUUCACGAUUGACUUUGCCAGCGCGCCCGAUGCGAGGUAUGAGGCUCUUCGCGAGUCCGCGCAGGCCAAGGACGUUGGCGUUCUCGUGAACAAUGUUGGCAAAUCGCACGAGAUGCCGACUGAUUUCGUCGAGACGCCCGCAGACGAAAUGCACGAUAUCCUCGCUAUCAACGUCCAAGCUACCGUACGCGUAACGGCGCUCAUCGCUCCCGGCAUGGUCUCGCGCCACCGCGGUCUCAUCCUCAACCUCGGCUCCUUCGCCGGCUCCGCCCCCUCACCAAUGCUAGCGACCUACUCCGCCUCCAAAGCCUUCCUCCGCACCUUCUCCGACGCGCUCGCCGCCGAGCUCGGUCCGAAAGGCGUAAUCGUCGAGCACGCCAACACCUACUUCGUCGUCUCGGCCAUGAGCAAGAUCCGCAAGUCGAGCGCCAUGAUCCCGACGCCGCGCGCGUACGUCCGCUCCGUGCUGAGCAGCGUCUCGCCGGGGAGCAAGGCGCCGUACUGGAGCCACGCGGUUAUCGCUGCUGUUAUGAACUCUGUGCCGGAGUGGGUCGUGGUGAAGUAUAUGCAUGGGCUGCACAAGGAUAUCCGGAAGCGCGCGUUGAGGAAGAAGGAGCGCGAGGCGAAAAAGCAGUAG